AUGUUUGUUGCUAACAAUCCCCUCCAAAUCGUCGACAUUUCCACCGUCAAUCAGGCUACGGCGGAUGAUCUUUUUCACGCCGCCGCGUCGCAGGGGUUCUUGUUCGUCGAGGGCCACAACUUCAGUCAGAAGGAAGUCGACGUGUUGUUCCAGUUGUCACAAGCGUAUUUUGCACAGUCAGCGGAGGAAAAGCGGAAAUAUCCCAUUGACUCUACAAACGCCGGGUACACCGAUUUUGGGGGCGAAAACUUGGACCCUGAAACGCAGAAGCAGGGUGACCCGAAGGAAGGGUUCAACUUCAGCAACAUUAACUUUGAAACAGGUUUGCCAUUCUAUCAGAACAUCCCACCGUUCUUUGCGGAGGACCCCGAGAUGAUGGAAAUCGUGCAAAGUGCUGCCAAAAAGUUCUACGCCAUUUCUGUGAGAAUCUUCAAGUUAUUGUCUAUUGGGAUGAAGAUCGAAGAUACCACCAAUUCAGAUGGGAGUGUGGUCAAGGGAGAGGACUGGUUGACGGUGAGACACCAGCCGACCAAGGAAUCUGGGUCUACCUUCCGAUUCUUGAGGUACCCGGGCCAGAAGAGCUUGAACCCCGAAGCGGUCAUCAGAGCCGGCGCCCACACUGACUACGGUGGGGUCACGCUCUUGUUUCAGAAAGAGAACCAGGAGGGCCUAGAGAUUCAUUCUCCAGUAUCCAAGAAGUGGGAAGCUGUGCCAUAUGUGGGAGCCUCUCCAAAGUUCCAAGCACAAGGCGCUGCCCCGCCAAUUGUAGUGAACAUUGCCGACCAGUUGAGCUACUGGACUAGUGGAAUCUUGAAGUCUACCAUCCACAGAGUCAGGUUCCCCGCCAAAUCUCAAGAGACCGGCCAGGACAGAUACUCUAUUGUGUUUUUCUCACACCCUAAUGACGAAACGUUGUUGGAACCAGUUCCGUCGCCGAUCAUCAGAGAGGUUAAGAACAGGGGUGCCAAUGCCGCUGAGAAGGUGGUCACCGCGCAUGAACACUUACAGAAGAGAUUGGCUGCCACUUACAGCUUUUACUAGAGGCGGAUAAUAUGACUAUUUAUAAUUGAUAAUAAAAAAAGGUUAAACCUGUACGAAGGUAUAAUAUAUGGG